GAGACAUUAAAAUCCCUGCAGUGAUACAGUAAAUUGAAUUUGCCUAUGCCACUGGAUCAGUCAAAUUAAGUGUCCUUGAAAUUAAUUUAGACAUGAUUCAUGUAAACUCAUUUUCACGGGGCGUAGCUUUACGUCAACGAUAUUCUAGGGGGUCUGGUAUAUGCUCUACACUCAAUUUCGUCAGAAGUUUUUAUAUUCUGUAUCGCCGCAACUCGCAUCUGUAUUCUUUGAGGGGAGGGGGAAUUUUUAAUAAUAAUAAUAUGAAAACUAAGGAAGAUGGUUUCGCAGGUUUGCACCGAUAACAGUAUUUUUCAUAUGUAUGCUCACAGAACAAAUUUAAACAGAAGUCUAAAAUAACAAUACAUGUAACUUUAAUUAUAAUAUAUACGGAAAAUGUCAAGGAAUAUAUACCUACAAAAACGAACAGUAUAUAAAUUGAUCAAGUUUCCAGUAAUAAUCAUAAUGGAAUAAUGGAACUACACGAGUCAAUAAAAGCAAGUAUUUCGUCAUAGUUACCGUAAUUGUUCUUUUACAGAACGGUCAGAAUUGUGCAACAACAACAACAACAACAACAAAAAAAAAAAAGAAAAGAAAAAAGCAUUAGGCAGUUUUGAGGAAAUCACACAGCAUAAUAUGUUUUUAUGUGAAAAUAAUACAAACAGGCUAGGCGGAGUCAUCAUUUUUGACCCAGUAUCGGCGGUAAUUUAUCUUAUUUCACGACAUUAUUCAUUGUACGUUUCCGUCACAAUUUUGUUUUCGCUAGCUACACGUGCUCUUAUAGUCUGAUCUCGUAUUAAGUACUUCAAAGAUUUCAGUACAGGCCGCAAAAAGCUAACUAUCAGUUAUAGGAGGCAGUAAACAGUUUUCUGAGCUUCUCGGCCUAGAGUCGCCUACCUAACUUUCAAAACCUCACACAAAAGUCUGUAACCACACACCUGAAAUAAAGAUAUUGCAACAUUAACAUCACUGUAUGUCUAUCGUUACAAACCAUCUGCAAUACAUCUCUAAUAUCUAGUUUUCUGUUUACAAGACCUGAAUUUUGUGCUCUCCCGGUCGCGGAAACUGAUGAUGAAAAAAGCUAAAUUUGCCAAUUUUUCAAUCGCUGCAGAAAAUUCCCUGCCAACGAUAGCCCCAAUUGCUACACUGUUCCAUACUCCAGUAACACUGUAAAAUCUGAAAAUAAGCUGAAAUAUAUGUGCCAUCCGUACCGUUUUUUCACUAUUCCACUUUUCCUGAGGUCCCUGCUAAAAUGACAACCCCACUUUAAGCUAGCUCAGAGGAAGCAUGUAUACGCUCCUGCAAGUCAUUACGUCAUACUGUCAAGAUCAAGGCUACUCAACUGAUUUUCUUUAAAUAAGUGAAACUCAAUUCUAGCCGCUGAAACUUCAAUUCUAGCAAUUAUUAUUAUUUAGAAGUUCAAAUAUGCACUUCAUUCCGUAAAUUGCCUCUUAUUUGUAAAUUUCAUCCCGGCCAAUUCGACACUAACAGCUGAAAACUGUUUACUGCCUCCAUAAAGAGCACGCGCUUCAUUAAUUUUAAGUGCAUGUCACUAAAUACAGAAGCUGACACCAGUUUAUAACUGCGGACUACAAAAGACGGAAUGAUAAAACAAGUGUAUUUAUAAUAUACAAAACAAAAGAGUGUAUGUUUUAGUUUGUAAUUGAUAAUGAUUCAGAAGAAAUGAGAAAACGCCAUUGUUAAAUCAAUGAAACGACAGAAAAACAUAGACCGGGGAUGGGCAUGGCUAGUGAUGAUGUCAUCAUAUAUUGGCAUGGUUAUAUACUGUGUACCUUUAUACAUGAGCGGCGUCUUAUAUAUAGCCCUCCUCGAGAAGUUUAACAAAGGGGAAGCAAAAACAUCGCUGAUAGGAGCAGUCAGCUCAGGAUUACUAUGUUUUGCAGCUCCCUUAGGUGGAGUCAUUAAUAAUCGAUUUAGCUGUCGAGUUUCCAUCGUACUUGGUGGUGCCCUAACGACUAUUGGAUUUGCCGCAAGUGCUUUUGUACCAAGUCUCGACUGGAUGCUUGUUACUGCUGGUAUUUUUGUCGGUUUUGGGUUUGCAAUUUCGUCAUCUGGACUGAUAUGUGUCGUAGGGUUCUACUUCGAAAAAUGGCGGGAAAGUGUAAUCUCAUGUGCUUUUCUCACAGUUGGUCUUGCAAUGUUUAUUUCUGCACCGUUUGGGAUACAUUUGUUGGCAGAAUAUGGACUUAAUACAGCGUUUUUAAUUCUGGCGGGAAUUCAAGCUCAGAUGUGUGUUUGUGGAAUGAUAAGUAAACCAUCUUCUAUUGAAAUAGAAGUUCACGCACAAAAGAAAAGAGAUAGAAAAGUUAAAGGAGAGUCUACAUCGAAAACAUAUUUAGAUGUAACACUGAUGAAAAAUAUUUCUUAUACAUGCUAUUUAAUAAGUAUAUCGACAUGGAACUUUGGCCUUUGUGUCGCGAUAAUGCAUCUCCCGAACUAUGUCUCAAUUCUUGGCGGGAGUAAUCGUGACAUUGGACUACUUAUGACGUCAUUCUCCGUAGCAAAUACGAUUGGUCGUUUGCUUGGAUCAUUGACAAUUUCUAAAAUGAGCAAAAAAUGUCUACACGUGUAUGCUGGAGUUCUUGGAUUGACAGGGACAUUGACUUCAUUAUUCAUAUUUUACUCGGAUUUUACGGGUGGAACUUACAUUUUUGCGAUUCAGUUAGGAAUGUUUACCGGCUGGCCUAACUCGAUGAUGACACCUCUUUCACUGAGAUUUGUAGGUGUUCAUAAGCUCUCAGAGGCGUACGGAUUAGCCUAUGUUUUCUGUGGUCUCGGCGUAUCAACAGGACCAGUUUUAAUUGGUUACUUGUACGUGGUAACUGGGUCAUACAAAUACAGUUUUGUUGUAGCAGGUGUUGUACUGUGCUUGGGUUGUCUAUCUGGCGUGUGUUCUAUUUGCUGUAGACAUGAUUCGACCACUGACGAUAGAACAACAGAAGUCGUAGUCAUAACAAAGGAUAAGUAUGUCGUUGCAAAAUCACUUCAGGUUGGGGAUGAUUCCAGUAUGGAAUAUAAAAUGACAGAAUCUGAAAAUCAUUUUGAUUCUUAUUCUAGUCAAUAUAAUUAUAAAAAAGAAGCCAUAACAAAUGGAACAUGUGUGCAGCAGCAAGGACUUGACGGAGAGGAGGCUUAUAAACUAUUAACGGAUGAAAUACGAUGAAUCUGAAGUACUUUUUUUGCUUUUGGAAUUAAUAUCAUAAUUCGAAGUACUCUCACAGGACUGCAAUCAUGAACAUCUUAUUUACAAGGUGCCAAGUACAACGUUUCAAAAUUCACUGAGCAGUCAAGAUGCAGUGCACUUGUGCUUAAGAUGUUUUCCGCUCAACUUAUAAAUCGUUGGUACGAGCUCUACUUGGGGGCCCGACGUUCAAACCUCAUUAUUUACCAUUCAUCUCGAAGUUACAACUUUUGUUGUCACGUAAUUUUAGAUUGUAACUAUAAUAAACCAUACCUCUGAAGUUUUGAGUGAGUAUCCCGAAUGGCGUGUACUUAUGAAUUUCCCAAAGAAAUGAGAAACUGUUACUGGACAAUCAGCUGAAAUAAAUAACCGAAGGUCACCGAACAUAGACAUUCAAGUUGUCAAUAUUUCAUGAAAGGCAAUAUAGACUAUAAAAUUCCUGUAUUUGCUGGCGAUACCAACAUAGCGAUUGCAUUGCAUUCUUUAAACCCCCAAUUAUUAAGAUACUGCAGCCUUUUAUAGCCUUUAAUUAAAACAUUAGCCGUCCGCUAUCAAUAGUUACAUCUAACAGUUUUUGUUUUCAGCUGACCACAAACCAUUAACUGACUUCGGUCCAGUUCAAUACUUUCUGUCUUGAGCAUGUUCAUUACAAGUGUAGGGACUCUUCAAGUCUACGAACUCCAAACAUGCCGUAAUCAUAUUCCAUUUAGUUAGAUAUUUAUUUCAAAUGAAGAAAAUCCUCUUCAAGUAUAUCUAACUUAAUUAAUUGUGUAUGUAGAGCUACAUUCAUAAUUAAAUGUCAUGUAGUUACAGUUGAUUGUUAAACAACUUCAUUUUUUUUCAGUGGUAGUAAGCAUUUAUACUUAGUUAAGCUCUAAAUGUAUAAACUGUGUAUUGUCUUAUUAACAUAAUGCGCUCAUAUAAACAUGUCAAUUUUAUACGAACAUAAUUUAAAUAUAGUCAUAUUUUCAUAAAUGAAAUUUGAGUCUUACCUUAAAUCAUCAACUUGGGGCAUUUCAUUUCUCAACAUGUCUACAGAUGUGCACUGUAUGAUUUAUGUCAACAUACAUUAAGCACUGAUUUUCGACAGAAUUCCUAUGUCUGCAUAGAAAGUUUGUAAAACAAUGCAUGUAAACAACGAUUUUCAAUGAUUUACAAAAAUAAAAUUUGAAUUACUGAAGAACGUUGUUAUUU